UUAAGUAUUUUUAAAUACAUUAACAAUAUACAAGUCAAAAAACAAUAUGUUGAUUCACUAUACUAGUGACAGUGUGCUUUUAUGCACCGGUUCAUUGAAAUUCAUUCAAAUAAUAUACCGAAAACGCAAAGCUUAAAAAAUAAGAGAAAAGUUUUUCGAUUGAUUUAGCAUUAAUCAUACUAUUACAAAAAUUUUAAGUGUAUCUUUUCUUUAUGUGCUUAAAGUAGUUGUAAAGAAUGAAAGUUCUCCAAGUUUUUACCUCCUAACCUCUAUGCGUAUCGAUGCACGCAUAAAUAUUUACUGGAUAUUAUUUUAUUCUGUAAUACUAAAACGUAUCAAAAAUGUUCGAAGCACACAGUAUCAAUGCGGAACAUAAAGACUUGAUUCAUGAUAUUGCUUAUGAUUUUUAUGGACAACGAAUGGCAACAUGUUCUAGUGAUCAAUAUGUGAAAGUCUGGGAUGAAGACGAACAUGGAAAUUGGCAUUUAUCUGCGUCUUGGAAAGCACACAGCGGAUCUGUGUGGAAAGUAACAUGGGCGCAUCCAGAGUUUGGUCAAGUUCUAGCAACAUGCUCUUUUGAUAGGACAGCAGCUGUAUGGGAAGAAAUAGUUGGAGAAGGAUCAGGACCAGGAGAACGCGGCAUGAGACAUUGGGUUAGGAGAACAAACUUAGUAGAUUCCAGAAAGUCUGUUACAGAUGUGAAAUUUGCACCUAAAACUUUAGGACUUUUGUUAGCUACGUGUAGUGAAGACGGUGUAAUUAGGAUAUAUGAAGCACCUGAUGUUAUGAAUCUAAGUCAAUGGACUCUACAACAUGAUAUUAGUUGUAAACUUCAAUGCAGUUGUCUUUCAUGGAAUCCAUCUCUCUCAAGGUUACAUCAUCCAAUGAUAGCAGUUGGAAGUGAUGAUCCAAAUCCAUCACCCGAGGGAAAAGUUUUUAUAUAUGAAUAUUCUGAAAGUAGUAGAAGAUGGACAAAAACUCAAACAUUAAAUAUUAUAGAUCCUGUUCAUGAUAUAGCAUUUGCUCCAAAUUUAGGUAGAAGUUUUCACACAUUAGCUAUUGCAUCAAAAGAUGUGCAAAUAAUUAUAUUAAAACCUAUGGUGGAUAAUGCACAAAGUGGUUCAUCACGUUUUGAAAUUAAUGUAGCAGCACAGUUCUCUGAUCAUGAUUUUACUGUAUGGCGAGUGUGUUGGAACAUUAUGGGAACUAUUCUAGCAAGUUCAGGAGAUGAUGGUUGCGUUCGAUUAUGGAAAGAUAAUUAUAUUAAUAAUUGGAAAUGUGUUGCUGUGUUGAAAGGUGAUGGCACCUCUGCUCAAAGUGCUGAAACUUCUACAGCGGCAACACCACCCAAUCAUUCAACAGGAAUACAACAAACAUCUUCUACAACAAGAGCAGUAACUAUAGCAACUGUCACUGCAGAGAAGCCUACAGUUACAGUUAUGUGCAGCAAUAAAUGGCAGGCACCUGUUAUAAAAGGUCGUUUUAGUAAAUCUGUUUGGUUGGGAAAUCCUAGUGAACCAACACCACCUCCACCUCCAAUCUUAGAGUAUCCAAAGGCAAAAAAGUAACACAGCUAUUCAAUUUUUGGUAACGUUAAAAAAUGCGAAGACAAAUGACUUUAUAUUCUUAUGUUUAAUGAUUUAAAAAAUUAAUUCAAAGAAUAUGAUACGCUACCUUUUAUGCACUUGAGGAUAAUAUUUUUAUUUUAAGGAGAGUUCAUAAAACUAAGACAUUUCCAGACAUGUAUUUACCGUCAUUAUAAUGAUAUGGUAAUAAACAGCAAUAGUUAACUAUGCGUAAGUAUUACUGUUAUGAAACUUGUA